AUGCACGCGACACUAAGUAAGUCGUAUGUGAAGGCAAGCAUUGGCUCGCUUCCCAGCUCUCGCCUCUCGCCUUGCCCAGGCUCGCUCAGCCACACGAUUGACUUCAUCGAUGAUCGUUUCCUGCGCGUCCUAGGCUCGGCAUGCCCGAACAUGACGUACCUCUUCCUGGGCAAGGUUCGGCUGCCGGUUCGGCCGCCGCUCGUCGACGCGGUGAGCGAGGCGGGUCUCGCGAGCGUGUUUCGCGGCUACCAGCGGCUCGAGCACGUGAGCGUGCACUGCGCGCCGAACAUCAAAGCACUCCCCGCGUCGCUCCUCGAUCUUUCCGCGCUGCCCCGGCUGCAGCUCGAAGCGCCGAGUUUAAAGCUCUUUCCGGAAGUCUCCCGGGGGAGAUUAAGUACGCUCCGCGAUUUGCGGCUGCUGUCGUGCAACGCGCUGCCGUGCCUGCCGGACUCGCUCGGCAACCUCGCGGGUCUCACGCAUCUGCGCGUUGAGAAAUCCGACAAUCUCGAGCAGCUGCCGGAUUCGUUAUGCGACAUGCAGCUGCUCGACGUCCUCGUUAUAAGCUCCUGCUACUGGCUCACGUCGCUGCCCGACGAUCUCGGGCAGCUGCCGUGCCUGCGCGUAUUGGAGCUCGACGGCUGA